UAAAACUCUGAAGUUCAUUCGGCUCAUGAAGAAUGGGGGCUCUAAAGAUCAUGACACUCCUGCCAAUCAUCUCUCUAUGGCUCUGGCUGGGACGUAACAAUCUCAUAUCUGCAAAGCAUCCAAAUGUCGCAGUCAAUAUAAAAUUUCUGUCUGAAUUAAAUGAGCGUUCUGGAUGGUGCUCCUGGACCCUGAGCAGCUCUGAAGAAAAGACAACCAUGAUAGUCCCAGAAGAGAUUAUGAGGCUUUCCUCUGAGAUCUGUCUGUCUCUGGGAUGUGGAGAUGUGUAUAAAAUCAGGACAAGAGACGAAGGGUUAAACAAUACUUGUCUCACAGGCUGUUUGUACCACAACACUGAACUCAACUGCAGUGAGGCUGUGAGAAAUGGCUGCAAGACGCUCUCUGAGGUUGUCUGUGGUUCUCCCUUUGUGGUUCAGGCACACAGGUCAUGUUCCUGGACUAUCAAAUCUCCAGACAGUGAAUCCUCAGUGUUUCUGGCUGCAGAUGUUGUUCAGAAUGUGUCCAGAGACAUAUGCCAUCAGCUGGGCUGUGGAGAGCCCUACAAUCUCACUCAGAGCAGUGCUGGAAUAAAUAAAACCUGUUUAACAAACUGUGUUUAUCAAGACUAUCAUUUAAAGCACUGCACUGAGAUAACAAGCUCUGACUGCUCACUCCUCUCUGAACUUCAGUGCGGUAAUGCUGCAGUGCGGUUGGUUGGGGGUGGUCACCGCUGCGGGGGGCGUGUAGAGGUAUGGAGGGGAUCUUGGGGCACAGUGUGCGAUGAUGGCUGGGAUGAGAAGGACGCAGACGUGGUUUGUGCACAGCUGGGCUGUGGAUACGCUGUGUCUGUCAGUGGGACGGGUGAGCCGUACGGUCAGGGCACAGGACCUGUUCACCUGGAUGAACUCAACUGCACUGGGAGAGAGAGAAACUUGUGGGAAUGUCCGGCAAUAUCACAGGAUCACGACUGCGGGCAUAAGGAGGACGCAGGUGUAGUGUGCUCAGAGUACAAGGCUCUGAGACUGACGGGAGGUCUGGACCGCUGCUCUGGAAGAGUGGAGUUCCACCGUAAUGGGACAUGGGGGACGGUGUGUGACACGUGCUGGCAGAAGGAAGAAGCUGCAAUGGCCUGUGACAUGUUAAAGUGUGGGGCAGUCAGGGAAUUCACAGCUUUUGAGCCUCCGUUCAUGCACAAAAAUGAAACACGCUGGUUUUUUUAUUGUGAAAAGACUAAUAAAAAUCUCUGGCAGUGUAAGGAAAUUACGAAUCACCCAUAUCUGUGCAAAGAAUCAAAGGCUGCUGGACUGAUUUGUAACAACUCUCUUGGUAUGCCUGUCCAGAUCCACACCAGUCCACAGCCAAACAUCACAACAACAACACCAGUGACAACAAAAAAUAUCAUUGUGUCAGGAUUCUUAGACCUAUCUCCAGAACAAAUAGGGUGUUUGGUCCUGGCGUUGUUGCUUCUCACUGCGAUAAUCACCAACAUCAUCCUGUGUCGGCAUGCUAAGAAGAAGAAGAAAGCUGUUGAGGUCCAGCAGAAGUUUGCAAACCUUCAGACUGCCCCAGAAUCAGAGGAAAAUAACUACAGAGAUUCUGUCCAUCUUGUCAAAGUCACAAACAACUGCAGUGAGUCUGUGGUUCCCAUAAUCUCUCAGCGUAUCUGGCCUCAGAGUAGUGUUGAAAGUGGAUCGUACGAUACAGAUUAUGAGCAACAUGAUAUCAGUCCGGAAGCGGGUUUUCCUCUGUCCACAUUUCAAAAUUCAAUGCGGUAUAGUGCGGACGGCAAAACUCCCAAAGUCAAGGCCGCAAAUCUAAACAGUGUGACUGAAGAAGUGGACUCAUUUGAGUCGUCCUCCACCUCAUCAGAAGAAUGUAAUGAGACCGCAGAUACAAAUGAGAAGGACCUGUGCUCACUGGAGUUUACUGACUGCUAUGAGAAUACAGGACUAAUCGAUGCAGAUAACGGAACACACCUUACUGAGGACUUCUCGAUGCAAGAUUCUGUGAAAUCCUGCCUGGACCACCCAACGGAUUCUGCCAUCGGCUACCAGGAACUGGACAAUGGGGACGUCGGUAGAGAGGAUUCGCCCAUCUACUCUCCCGUCACCUAUGAAAAUGAUGCCGUCUCCUGUGAAAGUGACUACGAUGACAUCGGCAACUAUCUAAUAGAAACCUGACCAAUGAUACCAGCCGACGCAUCCUAGAGACUAUGAUGUCAUAAUGACUUCUGUAUUUUACAGUCCAAAACUCCUGAGAACCGUUUCAUAUCAUUCCACCUUUUAAUGUCAUUUCUUUGUUCAUGUAUCCAUGCUUCUAUGUAUUUCACUCAAACUUUCUGAUAAUUGUUUUAAUAAGUUGAAGAUGUCCAGUUAUCUACUGUUGUAAGAGAAGAAAUCAUUGAAUAUAAUUACACUAUAAGUGUACUUCAAGUACUUCAAAAUGAUCAAAUGGUAGACGGCUAUGAUCUUGAAUAUGUUUUCAGAUCUGAAACUGCAAAUGUGAUGAUUAUUUUAGUGAAUUCAUGUGUAGUUUUUGCUGCAACUGGUACAUUUCAAUAUCUCUACAUAAUAGAGCCACAUUCUUUUUUUAUAUCUGUUCAUUUUAAUCCAAAUCUUGCUAGCCAUAUAUGUUUGCUAGCUAUACAUUUAUAGUGUAUGUGCUUCACUGGUAAUGUAACUAGUCAAACAAGUCAGAAUAGAAUGACGUCUGUUAAAAUGGAAAAGGUUUACUGUGAGAAUGAAUGGGAAAGAAAAACAUUGCUUAAGUAUGAAUCAGAUGUAUCGGAUGUAAUAGAACCUCACGCUGCAGGAUACUUCUAUCACAUAUUGACAUUUUACAUUACAUGAUAUCUAAAAGUAUUGCAGCUGUGCCAUACAGACCGGGGGCAAUCAAAUAUAUUCAGAUGCAGUACUCACUAAAAACAAAAUAAUAGGUAGAUGAUUUCUCAAAUAUCCAAAUUCACAAACUAUUUAAAACAAAUCAUACACUCUGAGAUUUCACAUUGAUAGUAUAGACAUCCCUAAAAAUAAUUGUAUCCCUUAAAAAUAAAUACAUCUCUAAUAAUAAGUC